CCAAAUGGACGGUCUGGAUUCACCUCUGCAAGAAACCACUGUGAGUUAACAGCCCUGGCUGCUCCCAACUGUAGAAACCUCUUCAACCGCCUCUCAACCGUAGGCGCUGCCCGCCAAACCCUCCUCUCCUACAUCUACAUGCUCAAUGACCGAAUAGCCCCUGACGCCUACACCUUCCCCUCUCUGCUCAAGGCCUGCUCUUCCCUCGGUUCGCUCUCGCACGCUCUCACCAUCCAUCAACACAUCAUCGUCAGCGGCGGCGAUUUUAUCGCCGAUGCCUACAUCGCUUCGUCUCUGGUCCAUGUGUACGCCAAAUGGGGCCACGUUGACAGUGCCCGUCAGGUGUUUGAUAGAAUGCCUUAUAGAAAUGUCGUUCCUUGGACCAUGAUCGUUGGCUGUUAUUCACAAAUGGGUGAUGUAGACAAGUCCUUUUCUAUGUACAACCAGAUGCAGCAUGAAGGAAUUCGACCCAAUUCGGUUACUGUAUUGGGUUUGCUAUCUGGGAUCUCACAGCUCUACCAUCUUCAAUGCGUGCAUUGUUGUGUUGUUCAGUUGGGAUUCGAAGUAGAUAUUGUUGUUGUGAAUUCUUUGUUGAAUGUGUAUGCGAGGUGUGGAGGAAUGGAGGCGGCUCAGCAGUUGUUCGAUGCGAUGCAUAGGUGGGACAUUGUUUCAUGGAAUUCUUUGGUUUCGGGCUACUCCAAAACUGGCAAUGUCAGUGAAUGUGUGGAACUUCUUAACAGAAUGAGGCGAGGAGAGACAAAGCCCGACCAACAUACAUUUGGGUCUGUGGCAUCUGUGAUUGCUGAUAAGAGUACAAUUGAAUCGGGCAAGUCAAUCCAUGCUCAGAUCAUAACGUCAGGAUUUGAAUCUGAUGUGCACAUUGAAACGACUCUUAUGAAUAUGUACUUGAAAUUAGGGAACAUGGAUGAAUCGUUUCAGCUGUAUGACAGAAUUGAAGAUAGAGAUGUCGUGUCGUGGACAGCGAUGAUUGCCGGUCUUGUUCAGAAUGAUAGAGGGGAUCGGGCACUGUCUGAAUUCCAUCAGAUGUUAAGAGCAAGAGUGACACCCUCUUCAGCAACCAUAGCAAGUGCUCUAGCAGCUUGUGCCCAGUUGGGUUCCUUCAAUAGUGGAACAUCCAUUCAUGCCUACAUCAUUAGGCAGAGAAUGCAAGUCGACGUAGCUGCCAUGAACUCCCUCCUUACCAUGUAUGCCAAGUGCGGUCAUUUGAUACAAUGCCAAGCUUUGUUUGACAUGAUGAGUGAUAGAGACGUGGUUUCUUGGAAUGGGAUAGUUGCUGGUUACGCUCAAAAUGGUUAUUUGAAUAAGGCAUUCUCUCUCUUCAGCAAAAUGAGAGAGGCUCGCCAAAGACCUGAUUCAAUCAGUGUGGUCUCCCUUCUCCAAGCUUGUGCUUCUACUGGCACGCUCCAUCAAGGGAAGUGGGUCCACAAUUAUAUUCUCAGAAAUGGUUUGAGGCCGUCUAUCUCGGUUGACACUGCUUUAAUCGAUAUGUACUCAAAAUGCGGUGACAUGGAAGCUGCUCAAAGGUGUUUUGACGGAAUGCCGGAACAGGAUCUGGUCUCAUGGAGUGUGAUUAUUGCAGGAUAUGGGAGUCACGGGAAGGGGGAGACUGCGCUGAGGAUAUACUUGGAUUUUUUGCAGACAGGAAUAAAGCCGAAUCCAGUCCUGUUUCUAUCUGUACUCUCUGCUUGUAGUCACGCCGGACUCGUGCCUGAAGGUCUGAGAGUAUUCCAAUCUAUGAAUGAAGAUUUUGGGAUUGAGCCCAAGCUAGAACACCAUGCCUGUGUUGUUGAUCUCCUCUGUCGAGCAGCAAGGGUACAAGAUGCAUACAGAUUUGUAAAGGCAAUGUUGUCGCAGCCCACCAUAGACAUUCUUGGGAUACUCCUCGAUGCUUGUAGGACCCACAGAGAUGUGGAUCUUGGUGAAGCCAUUGCAGGAGAAAUCCUUCAGUUGAAGCCUGAGAAUGCUGGGAAUUAUGUGCAAUUAGCACACAGCUAUGCAGCGAUUAGCAGAUGGGAUGGCGUGUGUGAGGCAUGGAGGCAGAUGAAAUCUCUAGGGUUGAAGAAGGUGCCCGGUUGGAGUUCCAUCGAAUUGCAUGGGACUGCUACAUUGUUCUUUGUAGAUCACACUUCACAUCCUCAGCAUGAAGAGAUGAUUUUGAUGUUAAAGAUCCUUGACAUUGAAAUGAGAAAUAGGAACUCUAAAUUCCAUCUCUACUCCCAGUAACCGUUAUACAAUGUUGGCUCUCAGGACAGAUUCAAUGAGGUAGUUAUUCAAGAUUGGGAAUUUUUCAGAAAAAAAAAAAAGAAAGAAAAAAAAAAAGAAGAAGAGGAAUUUCCUUAAAAGAAUCAAAUAAAUUGUCACUGAGAUUUUCGAGGCUUUAUUAAACUACUAAGCAAUUCAUGUAUUAUUUUGCAAAUCAUGAAUGAUUCUGGAGUUUGUUCUGGGGAGAAAAGAAAGCCAGGUCAGGAGAGUCUGAACUAUGCUGCUAAUAACAGGGUCUUCUAACCCAGAAAAGACCCAAAAACAUGUGCUUGCUUGUUUC